ACAGUGUCACAUCGCGGCUUUAUUACACAGCCUCUGGCCACAACAUUGAGCUGCUGUGCUCGGCCGGGACCGGGAUGGAGUCUCUCCGCCGCCGGCUGACUCCCGAUCUGUUCCGCCUGGCGUUACGUGGCGACCGGCAGGAGCCCGAAGGUCUGAGCUUCGGGCUGGACCGGACCACGGCCCACCGGGAGCUGAGGAUCCUGGAGGACGGUCUGACCAUCGAGCGGGGAGACCGACAGGAGGACACCGACACCAUCAAGAAGGUCGCCGAUAGGACGAGAGGAAGGUUUAUGGAUGGGAGAAACUUCGCGGGUAACCCUGCAGUACUGGGUGACGUGGCGCUGUCCCGGGGGAGUCACUACUGGGAGGUGGAUGUCAGCUUCAGCUCCUCCUACCGCGUGGGGCUGGCCCUGAAGAACACCCCCCGGGACCUGUUCGUUGGUAGCAACCCUUUGUCGUGGUGCCUGGACAGGACGAUUGAGGAAUACUCCGUGCGCCAUGAUAGAAUUAAGGAUAAAAUCCGCUUGUUGGGACAUUUGGAGAGGGUGGGAGUGUACGUGGACUGUGAUUCUGGGAGACUGGCGUUCUUUGAUGCCGAGAAGAAGAGUUUGAUUCACGAGAUCACCGUGGAUCGUGCGGAGCCGCUGUACCCGGCCUUCGCGCUGUGGAACGGCUUCAUCAGCGUGCAGACGGGCUUCACCGUGCCGGAGUACAUCAGCAAGGCGUUCAGCAAGAGGGAAGGCGGGGGCAUGAACAACAUCGUACAGUCUCUCAACAUCAAGAGGCUACGGUUUAUGUAAAAUAAAUGACAUGGAAGUUCAUCUGUGUUGG